ACUUCUACAUCGAUCGCCUCCCGUUACGGGACCUGCCGGCUGGCGAUCGGUUUCGCGCGUCGAGGCUGUGUGACAAGGUCCUCAGCCUUCGGCGAAAGGGAUGUGGGGAAUGAUGCCGUCUCCGCGAACCGUGAGCCAGCUGCUCCUCCCGCUGUCUCAGGAGCCGCCGGCCGGCGUGAGGCGACGCCGCUCUCCCUCUCUGCUCGCCGCCUUCCUCCUCCUCCUCAACGGCUCCACUGCCCUGGGAAUGCACAUCGGUCAAGUGAUUUUCUCUGCUAAAGGUUCGGAGUUAUCAACGGCUACCAUGCAGUUUGCUUACAAUGGCGAAGCGGCUGUUUGCUAUAAUUAUACAACAGGAAAGUUUGUGGCCAUCAAUCCAAUUGCAAAGCCUUACACGGACAAACUGAACCACAAAACAGAGGGUACCAAAUAUGUUACCUACUCUGUUAAUAUCAUGCCUUUUGUCAUGGAGAUAGUUCAACUGGUUGUUCAAGCUCUGGCUGCGAAGCCGACUAUCACAAUAACCUCAAGACACAUGAAGAACAGAGAGAAUACCUUGGCCCUGACAUGCCAAGUGUAUGGAUUUUAUCCCAAGAAAAUCCACGCAACGUGGCUGCGGAAUGGAGUGGCGAUCGAUCAGGAAGUGCUAAUGAUGAGAAUUUUACCCAACCGGGAUGGGACGUUCCAAGUUAGCCUACAAGUCGAAAUUGACCCCGGGAAGGGUGACACUUACACUUGUGAAAUCGAGCAUUUGAGCGUCCCUGACAAACUACAUGCGGUUUGGGUUCCCAAGAAUAUCUAUCCAGUCUAUGGAUAUGUGAUUGGAAUAAUCGCUGGAAUAAUUGGCAUUCUGACUGCAGUGUCCGGAGGAAUGAUCAGGUGGAAAGAACUGCCGCCCCACUUUUGUUCCUCGCACCAUUGUCUGUAA